AUGGCGGCGGCUCCUCGGCGAUCCCUCCUCGGCACCCGGGUCCAGGCCUUCAGCGGACUUCCUCCGGGGCCACGUGGACCCGGCGUCUUCUCUGGGCCCCAGUUCCAGCGGUCGCACUGGGAACUGGCUCAGGUCCCACCUGUUGCCUGCAGUCUGCUCCCCUGCCAGACCAUCGUGUUAGCAGAAACCCAGCUUACAGCUCCUGUGGAGAUACCGGUUUUGCGGCUGCGGGAGCGGGAGCCGCGGGAGGAGCGGGAGCCGCGCCCGGCGCGGGCCAGCGAGAGGCGGCAGCUGCAGGGCCUCAACGACCGCUUCGCCGGCUACAUCGAGCGGGUGCGGGCGCUGGAGCAGCGCAACCGGGCGCUGGCGGCCGAGCUGGCGGCGCUGCGGCGGCGGCCGCCGGCGCCGCGCCGCCUCGGCGAGCUGCUCGGCGGGGAGCUGCGCGCCCUGCGCGCCCGCCUGGCGGAGGCGCACGGCGAGCGGGCGCAGGCGGCGCUGGAGCGGGCGCGCCUGGCCGAGGAGACGCAGCGGCUGCGGGCGCGCUGCGAGGAGGAGGCGCGGGGCCGCGCCGAGGCGGAGCAGGCGCUGCGCGCCCGGCAGCGGGCGGCCGACGGGGCGGCCCGCGCCCGCCGCGACCUGGAGCUGCGCGCCGCGGCGCUGCGCGAGGAGCUGGCGGCGCUGCGCCGCGCGCACCGCGAGGAGCUGGCCGCGCUGGGCGCCGCGCCGCCCGCCGAGCCGCCGCCGCCGCCGCCCGCCCGCCCCGACCUGGCGGCGGCGCUGCGGGAGCUGCGCGCCCAGUACGAGGCGCUGGCGGCGCGCAACCUGCAGGCGGCCGAGGGCUGGUACCGCGCGCGCUGCGCCGGCCUGCACGAGCGCGCGGCGCGCAGCCAGGAGGCGGCCCGCGCCAGCCGCCGCGAGGCCGGCGAGUGCCGGCGCCAGCUGCGCGCCCGCGCAGCCGAGAUGGAGAGCCUGCGCGGCGCGCAGCAGUCCCUCGAGCGGCAGCUGCAGGACGCGGCGGAGCGGCACAGCGCCGAGGCGGCCGGCCUGCAGGACACCAUCGGGCAGCUGGAGGAUGACCUGCGAAACACCAAGAACGAGAUGGCCCGACACUUGAGGGAGUACCAAGACCUGCUUAAUGUGAAGAUGGCCCUCGACAUCGAGAUAGCUGCCUACAGGAAGCUGCUGGAGGGAGAGGAGACGUACUUCAGCACUGGAAGCAUCAGCCUUGCAGCACUGAAUCCUUUCCCUAACCCUGCUUACUCUUCCCAGCAAAGGGUCUUUAGUUCCUCCAUGGCUGCUGGUGCAAAAACAUCCCCUCUGUCCAUCAGGAAAGAGGAGCAAGAAGAAAUUAUUAAAGUGGCCUCUAAAAUACCAUCUGGUCGGGCUGAAGUGAUAGAGGAGACUAUAACCUCUACCAGGAAGACAGAGAGAUCAAACCUGCGUGAAGGGAGCAUUACGGCUGCAAAAAUGUAACCUGCAGAGUCCCGUCCCUUCUGCAUUCGAGGGGGAGCAGUCUGCCCUGGGCCUUUGCAUCGCCCCCGUGGGAACGCGGCGCCCGAGGGCUCCCUGGGAGCUCCAGCGCCGCGCGGGAGCCGGCUCCCGCCGGGGGACAGCCGAGCUGGGCACCCUGCUCCCUUUCAAAUGGGGCGGAGGUGCGGGCAGCCGGUGCCGGCAGCGCCGCAGCCACCUAGAUGCAUGUCGGUCGUUGUUGUGGUUGCACCACGGCCUCAUAGCACCCAUGCUCCCUCCCGCCGCGUGGUGGCCCGCGGGCAAGGAGCCGCCCUCCAGCCAGGUCUGCCGCACAACCAGCUAGCCACGGCGGGCUGCCGAAGGGCACGGGAACCAACACAUCUGCCACAAGUAGUUUCCAGGCCACAGGUCUUCAUCUAGUGUCCAAACCCGUGUAUAUCUAAGAUAUUCCCCCCCAUCCUUGAGCUCCAGCCGUCCACUUGGAUCCCAGCACCACAGAAAUAGCCACACUGAACUGUGAAGACACCUAACUUCUGCUCUGGAAGCCCCACACCUUCUAAACCAUAAGGCAGCGCCUGGCCGCUGUCCCGUCUCGCCAGCAUUUCUUAGCGUCCGCGUCUCCCGUCGGACGUUCCCACGUGUCUGUGCCAACUUCGACGUAGGAUUUACUACUGUAGGGUUUCUUCACUGCCUUAAAAUCGCCAGCGAUCACGUUUGCAAGAGCCGCGGGCCGCGGGCAUUGCGCGUCGGCCGGCGCGGGGCGAUCCGGGCGCUGGUGCGUGGCCUGCGCCUGCUCCUCCCGCUUCUGCUGUAAGGCACAAGUUAAAUAAUUAAAAAGGAAGAAAUAGUUAUGUGAAGCUGA